GCUACUCCCAGAUUUGGAUAUCACAUGCCAUUCUAGUUUCUGUUUUGAGGCAAUCGCGACUUCCUGGCUUGGGCCUCCGGGUGACACCUCAAUCUCUUGCUCUCCAAAUUUCACCCUCCUCUUCUCAAUUAUGUCCUGCCAUCACAAUGUCAAAACGCCCUGGUAUCGACGACAUAGCUGGUGCUCCAUCUCCAAUCAAAAAGACCCGGCUGAAUCUCGACGCUGGUAUCUCAGAAGUCAAGAAGACCGCCACGACUCUGUUGGAUGCUCUCAAGUCUCAAAAGUCUACACUCCAGUGGGGUCAUACUAUCCGCCGCGAGGAAAUCAUGCAUCACAUCGCCAAAGCCGAAGCUAUGGUCACUUCUACUGCUGCUCUCGAGAAGAGCAUCAAAACGGCAAACCAUACCGUGGACGGCUUCAUCAACGCUACGAUCCUUGCUGAAGCCCAGCAUUGGUUCGAGGUGUUUGAGAAACAGUCCCACAAGAGACGCGAUCUGGGGGAUGACUCAGGCAGUGAUCUGUGUGAUUGGAUAGAGGUCAAGAGACGUGACAUUGAGGAGGGAGUCGUCGAUAUCGUUUCUGAGAAGGUGCAAGGGGCGCUGAGCAAAGAGAUACCUGCGAAGAUCGGAGCAGAAACAAAGGCUGCCUUCAGGCUGGUCGUGAACCGCAACAUGCUUGCCAUCGUCGAUGAAGUCAUGGAUGGAGCUCACACUUGAUCGGAGGCAGGAUGCUUCCACUUUUUUGCUAGUGAUGGAAGGAAGGAAGAGUCAUAACACCAUAACGCGCUUGCUGCUUUGCGAAUAGCUUUUGACUUCACUUUUGCAGGUAACUGCCUUCUC